AUGGUUCAGCUAGUCGAGGUCGAGGACGAGCAUUUCCAGCAGCCCCAGCCGGGCCUCGAUGACGAGGGUGACUACACAGAUACCGACUCCGAGAUCUCCAACGAGUCCGACUACGACCCCAGCGAGGAGACGCUCGCCGAGCGCCUCUACGCCCUGCGCGACAUCAUCCCGCCCACCAUCCGCGGCUGGGUCUCGGGCAAGGUCCAGACGACCACGCGCGUGCUCAAGACGGGCCUCUUCUUCCUCGGCCGCUCGACCUGGACCCUCGCCGUCUCGGCCAUGCUCAUCGGCGUGCCCUUUGCGCUGUCCUUUGCCGAGGAGCAGAACAUCAUCGCCAUGGAGCAGGAGGCGCGCAUGCGCGAGGCCGGCAGCGAGCUGCUGACGGCCGGCGAGAAGCACGACGCCGACACGGCGGCCCAGGUCGGCGCUGCGCUCGGCGGCGGCGCGGCGACGGCACGGCCGGCUUUGUAA